GUCUAAUUCUCAUUGUCUAAUGCCCCAUAAUUUCCCACAACUGAAAAUUUAAAUUAAUAAAAAUAGAAAAAUGCUUAAAAUGCAUUGAAAUUAUAAAAAUUGAAUUCUGCCAAGUCUAUUUAUAGCGUAAAAGGCAGUUAAAUCUACAUACAUACAUUCCUAAUGCUGCUGUUCGGUGUAAGUGAGUGCUGUAGUUGCCAGAAGGAUGUUAUGUAAGCAUGUCUUGUUGUGAGCCACCUCCCUUUCUGUUCAAUCUCUGUAUUAACAAUUCAUCCACAAAAUGAAAAUGGUUGUAUUCCAGUAUUCCAUUCUGUAUGUCUUAAAAUGUUCUGUAGAGAGUCUCAAGGACUAAAAUAGCAUCUCUUAUGUAUUAACUAGUGAUGAUGAAGCAGAGAUUCCCUUCUUAAUCAUCUGGCCAAAUUCAUCGCUGGUGUAACUCCACUGAAGGCAAUUAUUUUUCAUGCCUUCUUGACAAAUCUUUCUCCCAUACCUUGACCCAUCAUGAUUAACCAAUAAACUGCUCAUGACUCAAACAAAUGUUUCUGGAUUUUAGGCUAUGAUUUAUAUAGUGAGUGUAUUUAAUGGUUCUUUUUUCUAUCUUGUCAGGGCUAGUUAUAGUCUACUUUCUUUCCGGGCUUGCACAAGCUUAAAUUUUUAGGUUACUGAAAAUGAUGCCCUUAAUUGCUCCCACAACAAAACAUGUAAGCCAUGUAGGGUGAACAGAGAAGCCUAUGUACUAGAAUGGUGUUUCUAGCUGUAGGUACAAGUAACUCAGAUUGUCAUAUACAAAAUACUUUUCUUUGUUGACCCAGCUUUUUAUCUUGGACCUAUAUUCAUCUGGUAACAAGCAUCUCUUUAUAUCUCCAGGCUUUGACAUUCUAGUACAAUGUAACCUAUCAUAUGAAGGCACAAAUCCACUAAAUAGUAAAAUGAGGGGAUUAUUUCCACUGCUCAUCUGUUAGCAGAGAUUUCUCUAAAUUGGAUCAAACUGAUUAAAGGUAUUAGAAUGACGUCUUGUAGAUCCAGAUCAACUCGUUUGAAAUUUUGAGACUGUUUCUCUUUUGCUUGGAAGUGACCACCAGAAAUAGGUGUAAGUGCUAUUUGCAAAUUAUCUCUAUUAAUGUGCAAUUGUUAAUUUGAAACGUCUGUUAUUUGCUUGCUUGGAUCCUAGGUUAGGGAACUCAAGAUGGAAGGACUGAAAAAUGGCUCACUUAAAGGUAUGCCAUGCAGAGCCUUUUUAAAGGCCUGAAUAGUUCUUUCUAAAUUUGCUCACAGUCAAGAAAAGGAGCAAUACCGUGGAAUCUUUCAAUAUCCAGUAUUACAAAGAUGGCACUACUAAAAGUUAAAUUCAACCAGAAGAAAAGGGUAAAACUAGCUCAGGGACUAUGGCUCAUGAACUGGUUUUCAGUAUUUGCAGGAAUCAUUGUUUUUAGCAUGGGAUUGUUCCUCAAAAUUGAGCUCCGGAAGCGAAGUGAAGUGAUGGACAAUUCUGAAAGCCAUUUUGUGCCCAAUUCUUUGAUAUUGAUGGGUAUAUUAUCAUGCGCCUUCAACGCUUUUGCUGGCAAAAUUUGCUAUGAUUCUCUAGAUCCAACUAAAUUUGCAAAGUGGAAGCCUUUGCUGAAACCUUAUCUGGUGUUAUGUUUCUUUUUUAACUUCUUAAUUUUUGUCAUUGCUCUGACUUGCUUUCUCAUGAGGGGCUCUCUGGAGACGACAUUAGCAUAUGGGCUAAAGAAUGGCAUGAAGUUCUAUAGGGACACUGAUACCCCAGGAAGAUGCUUCAUGAAGAAGACAAUUGACAUGCUCCAAAUUGAGUUCAGAUGCUGUGGAAACAAUGGUUUCAGAGACUGGUUUGAGAUUCAGUGGAUCAGCAACAGAUACCUGGAUUUUGGCUCCAAAGAAGUGAAAGAUCGAAUUAAAAGCAAUGUGGAUGGAAGGUACUUGGUUGACGGAGUUCCCUUCAGUUGCUGCAAUCCUAGUUCCCCAAGACCCUGCAUCCAGUACCAAGUCACUAACAACUCGGCUCACUACAGCUAUGACUACCAAACAGAGGAGCUCAACCUGUGGAACCGCGGCUGCAGGGAGGCACUUCUGCUCUACUACAGCAGUAUGAUGAGCUCCAUGGGUGGUGGUGUCCUCUUUGUCUGGCUUUUUGAGGUGUCUGUGAUGGUUGGUUUGCGUCUUUUGCAAACGGCUCUGGAAAGCAUCGCCAAUCCUGAGGAUCCCGAAUGUGAAAGCGAGGGGUGGCUGCUGGAGCAGAGCCUGACAGACACUUUCAAAUCCGCAUUAGAAAGUUUGAAAAAGAUUGGUAAGUUCAAUCAGGUGGAUGCAGGUGCUGAAGGGGCUGAAGGCGAGGAAGGUGGAAAGACUCCAGUCAUCUCAACAGUCAGUUGAGCUUCUCAACCGAGGUGGACUUUAUCAAAGAAAAA